AUGAAAGGAUAUUCAAAAUACAUUAUCAAACCACAUGCCAGAAGCUCAUUGCGUGCAUCUCAAGGAAUCUUCUUUGAAGAUUCAUUGCCGCGCGGAAAUUUGUUUGACAUACCAGAUACUCCAGGACCUGGAGCAUACUCAGCCAAACCAACCUCUCCUAGAGGAUUGCUAAGAUCCACUAUUUCACGUUCAGUAGAAAGAUUCCCAGUCGAAGAAAAAGUUGAUCCUUUAGAUUUUUAUUACUCUCCAGAAUUCUUCUCAUACGGAAAUAAAGGCCCUAGAAUCGGACAUCUACCAAUGCCAAAGACACUAUCAAUGACACCAACUCCUGGACCAGGAGAUUACAAUAUUACGCCAACAAAAAAGCCGGUUGGUCAUCAAAUUGCAACUCGAAAACCCGAAAAACCUAAUACGAACCCAGGCCCAGGCCAAUAUAACAUCGCUGAUAAGCCAAAAAUUCCUGGAUACCAAUUCUCCAAAUUACCAACUAAAGUUAAAGAGCAAGAACCGGCGCCAGGUCCUGCUCAAUAUGUUAAACCUAACAGCUACAUUCACGAACCUGAUAACGUUAUGUUAGCAAAUGUACGCAUUAGUUUGAAGAAUAUUAAGGAUAGAAGUGCUGCAAUAUCUUAUAUACAUUCGAACAUUCAACUACGUAAUGUAAUGGACGAAAUUAUGGAAAUGAUACUUAGAGACAAGCCGGAUAAGCCAUUAGAGUACAUAUAUGACUAUUUCAAACAGUUUAAACCAGAAGAUCCUGAAGAUAAGAUAGAUUUGUCAAUUUUAUAUAAUUGA